ACACGUGGCGAUGAUUGACGCUCUCACACCACCUCGGUCCUUAUUUUCGCUCUCGGCUUCGCUUUCAAGAACAGAUAGAAUAACAGCACUCGGACCAAACCCACUCCUUGGAGAGAGAGAAAGCGAGGGUUUUGGGGCGGUGAAUUAGGGUUUUCUUGUUUGAAGUGGGGCGAUCGAUUGAUGGUGGUGGUCGUGUGUUUCGUUUUGUGAUUGUUUCUUGAGAAAGUUUGGGGAGAUAUAGAGAGAGACCGUGGGGGGAGAUGUACAUAGCUUCCAUGCGAAAAUCUUUCAAGGAUUCUCUCAAAGUGCUUGAAGCCGAUCUUCAGCACGCCAAUACUCUGGCAUCGGAUUUCCCUAGGGAGUAUGAUGGUGCCUGCCUGCAGAUGAGAAUGUCAUACAGUCCAGCUGCACACCUGUUUCUUUUCCUAGUGCAAUGGACUGACUGCCACCUUGCUGGUACUCUUGGACUAUUAAGGAUCCUAAUUUACAAGGUUUAUGUGGAUGGCACGACGACCAUGUCCACUCAUGAAAGAAAAGCAAGUAUUAGAGAGUUUUAUGCUGUAAUUUAUCCCUCUUUACUGCAACUAGAAAGAGGUCUUACCGAUACAGAAGAUAAGAAGCAAAAGGCAGUGUGCAUGGAAAGGUACAGAAGAAGAGAUGAUGAGGAACAUAAGCAAUAUUCAGACGUGGACAUUGAACGAGAAGAAGAGUGUGGUAUUUGCAUGGAGAUGAAUAGUAAGAUUGUUUUGCCCAAUUGCAACCAUGCCAUGUGCUUGAAAUGCUACCGAGAAUGGCGAUCGAGAUCACAGUCGUGCCCCUUCUGUCGUGACAGUCUUAAGAGAGUGAAUUCUGGUGAUCUCUGGGUAUUCACAGACAGCAGGGACAUAAUCGACAUGGUUACAGUCACUAGGGAGAAUCUCAGAAGGCUUUUCAUGUACAUAGACAAGUUGCCUCUGAUCAUUCCUGAUUCCCUUUUUGACCAGUAUGAUUCUCAUCUAAGAUAGUUGAUUAGUACACAGCCUGAGCCCACUGUCUCAUGUGUUUUUCAAUGAGUCUGUAGUUCUCUGUCUGCUUUAAUUUUACAUAAGGACCGAGAUUGAUUGGCUCGGUCGAUCUAGAUUUAGUUACAACUGUUCUGCUUUCUUCCCGCUUCUGAGAAGGAAGAAGCAAAGGCCUGAGUUAUUGUGGGCAGGGAGGUGAAGGUAGUGGUCUAUUUAGAAGGUUUAUGAAUUGUAAGAGAAUUUGUACAUGUUUGUACAGUUUGAAAGUUUGCCCAUGAAAUGUCUCUCCAAGCUUCGAAAGAAA